AUGGUAAAUUCACGCAAACGUGCAACCUCAACACGCCCUACAACGCCAUCUGCCGAGCAAUUCCACCCCGAAAGCCUCUUAUGGGCUUACCGCCUGCAAAAAGGGCAUCGCCAAACUAACCAGCGGCUCGAUGAGUGUCGAUUCAACUUACAGACAUCGAUAUCAAACACGGACACUGGUGUCACCGGCCUCCAAGGGGACGUUAAAGUGCUAUCAGCUAAUCUCAAAAUAUUGAGCUCUCAACAAGAAGCUUUACAAAGGCAACUUGCGGGUCUAGAACGCCAAGUCAAAAAGACCAAUCCAAAUGGCCAGUUGUCAACAAACAUCGAAACGCUGGCUCAGGAUCAAGCAGAUGGACUCGCCACCCUAGGGCAGCAUUUCAUCUUUUUGAGAAGCGAAACACAAUCAGGGCUAGCAACUCUACGUGCAGAUGUCUCAACGCUCCAAGGUGUUGGUAGAGACAGGCCUCCACUAGCUAGGCAUGGUUCCCCUCACAAUUCGGAAGCUACAACAAUGGGCACGGAUUACGCGAACCACGAAACAACUAGUAAAGCCGAGAGCGAAUUCGACGCAUUGCCCCUGCAGGGACAUGAGCAUCUUGAAACCCAUCUUGAACUUGGAGGGACGAUAAUUUCGAAUCGUCUUCGCAAACACGAAGAGGAUUUAUGCAAGUCUUUUAUUGCUGGCCUGACCGAGCAAGGCUAUCAGGCAGUUCUACGAUCGAGACUACGGCAAGUUGGAUGGACAUGGGGCAAUGUUAACAGAGAGAUCGGUCCAAUGCUGAGGAAAGGUGACCGGAGGCUGCGAGGUGGGAAAGUUAGAAAGGUUCCAUAA